CCGAGGCUUUCCCCACGGCGUUGUCGCUGUUUGGCGUUCUUCAAUUAGUUUCCAACCAGCUUUCCAUCCCGUCACAGUAAGUUCUGCCAACACCUACACCCGACGCCCGUUUCAAACCCUACCGAUACGUCCAAGCCGUCGCCGUCAUUUCCAGGUGCAACGCCUCAUCUCGCGACCGUCGCUGGCAGAUUCAUUAGGCUGUCAACCACUCACGUCGGCUAAGAGGUCGUGCGCCCAUUGCAACGCCAACCUUUUUACAGAGACCUCCUGAUGGGCAGCACAUGACAAGCCCACGUUUCUCGACAUGGCGUCCAUGCUGGAAUUUCGUACCCCGGGCUACAAUCCUUACGCCGUCAAGUACUCCCCAUACUACGACUCACGCCUUGCUGUCGCCACUGCCGCCAACUAUGGCAUCGUCGGCAACGGUCGCCUCUUCUGCCUGGGCCUGAGCGCAGCCGGCGUCCAGUGCGAAAAGACCUUUGAGACAAACGAUGCCCAAUACGAUCUUGCCUGGUCGGAGCUCAACGAGAAUCAGCUCAUUGUCGCUUGCGGCGAUGGCUCCAUCAAGCUCUUCGACCUGGGGGUGGAGAACUUCCCUGUCAUGAACUUUCACGAACACAAGCGGGAAACGUUUUCGGUUUGCUGGAAUCCCGUCACCAAGGACAGCUUCAUCUCGAGUUCCUGGGAUGGCACCGUCAAAGUUUGGUCUCCCACGCGCAACGCCUCCCUCAAGACCCUCCCCAUUGGUUGCUGCACCUACAGCACCUCCUACUGCCCCUCGAACGCCGCCCUCGUCUCCGCCGUCUCCGCCGACUCUUCCCUGCGCAUCUUCGACCUACGCACGCCCGUAUCGGCCAAGUACCACCUGACCAACGUGAUCCCCGUGCACGCGCCGGCCACGGGCGGGUCAGGUUACUCGCGCCUUGCCGACGGCUCCAUCUACUCGGGCACGGUGCCGAACGAAGUCCUGACGCACGACUGGAACAAAUAUAACGACACGGUGAUCGCCACGGCGGGCGUCGAUCGCGUCAUACGCACGUUUGAUAUCCGCAACCCGGCCGGCGGUCCCCUGGCGCUCAUGACAGGCCACGAGUACGCGGUCCGCCGCGUUGCAUGGAGCCCGCACGCCAGCGACAUCUUGGUGAGCGCCAGCUACGACAUGAGCGUGCGCGUGUGGACGGACGGAUCCACUAUGCCGCAGCACGUUCAGCCACCGGUACCGAGCGGGCGCCAGCCUGACACUGUCCGUGCGGGAACUCAGUUGGGCCUUAUGAACAGGCAUACUGAGUUUGUUACGGGCGUGGAUUGGUGUUUGUUCGGUGCAGGCGGUUGGUGCGCGUCGGCCGGCUGGGACGAGAGAGUGCUACUCUGGGAUGCUGCGUCCCUGUUGCGUGGAUGAAGAAGCAGGUUGUUUGAAAGAGGUGGAAAAACGUAUUUGAGUUGAUUGGUCUUUGAGUGGAUUGCUCAGGCAAAUUUACGUGGCAAACUGCCUGAUAGUAAAGGAGUAGAAGAUAUGAGGGCAAAAUCAAGACCGAUCGACUAUCGGCUGCUGAGAAUCAUUGCAUGCACAAAAGCGCCCCCUCAGUUGCGCAGCGAUACCCCGGGGAGUUUGUACGUCUAGAAGCCGACAUUAUACGAACAGAACAGACAUGGUGACAGCGGACAGGAGAUUUGACCAAACGUGUUCCUUGGCUGGAGCUUACGAAAGUAGGAAAUAAAUCGGUACAGGAAUUGGGUUAAAUUGACCGUCCCGACGCGAGAGUCGGUCAGUACGAGAGAAGGGGCGGGAAAGAGACAGAACAUAAUUGUAUAAGGCAUCUAGAGGAUUAGAAGAACAGUAUACCAUGAUUCGAGAUGAUGGUAAGCUCAAAUUUCUACCCUUAGUAUCGCUAUGCGUUGAGACGUGUGGUACCAGUGUAUUAAAGGAAUGCAGUCAACUUGAGUAUACAUAUUUGUCCAUGA